AUGUCCGGAUUUCGAGAAAAUUCUCAAAGUAAAGCUACAUCUGUAGAAGAACAAAAUGUGCAAAAUAAUAUUAAUGAAUCUAUGAAUGAAGAGAAUGCGCAACCUUCCCAAAAUGAAUUCACGCAUAUAUCACAAGAAAAUGUUCAACCAUUUCUCAACGAAUCUACGUCAGAGAAUGGGCAAACUGUCGCACAAAUACCUUAUAAUACAGAUCAAACCGAUUCUGCAAUUAAUGAUAUAGGUGAACAAAGAGCUAUAUUAGCAGCAGAAUAUGAUGGACUUGAUAAUAGUCAAAGAUUAGAAAAAGCCAAACAACUUCUUGGUGAAACUGCUGUCAUUGGAGAAAUUGUCAAACCUUACGCUCCAUUAAUUACCUCACUUAAUGAAGCCAUUAGAAGAAUUUAUAAUACUUAUGAAUAUGCUCAAUUUAAUAAACAAAUAAGUAAUGCUUUACUUGAUCGAGUUGAUUGUAUUGCAGCACCUAUUAAAGCUUUAAAACGUCGUAAAGAUAAAAUUGAAACAAAUUUUCUUAGUCAAACUUAUUACAAUUCUUUAAUGAAAAUUCUUGCAAUUGUGAAAAAAGCUCAACAUUUUAUUACUGAUAUUUCGUAUCUCUGGAGUUUAAGAAAGUUUCAAACAACGAAUACUAUUAAAGAAAGGUUUGAACGAAUUGCUAGAGAAUUUGAUAAAGUCAUUUCUGAGGUGCCUUUGGAGAUUGCCUUGGACAACGAAUUACAGAGUAAAAGAGAUACAAGGGCGUUCCUGGAGAAGAUUGGAUCUCCAGUAACAAUGGUUAAACAACAAGUUAAUCCCUUAUUUGAGGAAAUUAUAUUAGUCAAAUCAUAUGUAAAUGAAAAUAACGGUAAUGAAAUUAAAUCAAAAUCAGUUCCUCCUCGGGAAUUGAUUAAUAAUGUCAAUCCUGGGAUAAAUACUCAACGCGGAAAUGUAAGAAAAAGAUAUUGGCUAAACUCGGGAGAAAAGAUUCCAGUUGCAUGUAAACGAUUUGAUACACCACAAUCUCAAAAAUUUCAAGAUCAACUUAUUGUUAUGAAUAAGUUAAAUAAUUGUCCAUAUCUUUUAAAAUUUCACGGACUUUCAGCGCUAGAAUGGGAACCUUUAGAAAGCAUUGUAAUGGUUUUCGAAUGGGCUGAAAAAAAUAAUUUGAAACGAUUGUAUGAAAAGUACUCAAUUAGCUGGCAAACUAAGUUAAAUAUUGUUGUUGGGAUUUGUCGUGGACUUUUAUUUCUUCAUGGUAGUGAUAUUCUCCAUUAUGAUUUAAGGUGCGAAAACAUAUUCUUAACGGCAAAUAUAGAGCCAAAAGUUGCGAACUUCCGCCUUUGCCGUCCAUUGCACGAUGAAAAAAUUUAUAUUCGUCAUGAUGAUCCUGCCGAACAUUGGGCAGCUCCUGAACACCUUAAAAACGAAUUAAGAAUUUCCUAUUACACGGCAAAAUGUGAUAUAUUCAGCUUUGGAAUGCUCCUUUGGGAACUUUGUUUUGAUAGAAUUCCAUAUCGAGGUUGGAAUAAUGGAAAGAUAUCAAAUCAUGUACAGGCAGGAAAAAGAGAAAAUCUAAAUUUUGGUCCUAAUUCGACACGCGUACAACAAGAUUUCUCAAAAAUUAUUAGAGCUGCUUGGCAAGAUGAUGCAACACUCCGUCCGGGACUUUAUAAAAUCUUUUUGCAGUUAGAUGAACUCUAUAGUCAAUUCACUCAAAGAGAAAAUGAAAAUGAAAAAAUACAACCUCGUAAAUUUGAUGAUGAUGAUACCGUAAUCCUAAUUUUACCAGAACAAGAAAAAGCUUAUAAUAAUGAAUACCAAACAAAAAUGAACAAUACAAACCUUAAUAUCAUUCCGGUUGUUAAACCAUUACUUAGAUUUACCGAAGGUUUAACUUCUCAUGAAAAAGGUGAUCAUAAAACGGCUUGGGAUUGCUUUAAUAAACAUGCAUCUAUUGGAAAUUCGCGAGCUAAAUAUUGGAAAGCAUAUUAUUUACAGAAUGGGAUGCAUGUACAAAAAAAUCAUCAUGAAGCUGUUGAAUUAUAUAAGCAAGCUGCAGAUGCUGGAGUACCUGAAGCACAAUAUUGCUAUGCAAGAUCUUUAAUAGAAAAUGAUACCUUGAAAAAUUCCGAAGAAUUUAUCCGUUAUUUAACUUUAGCAGCACAUAAUAAUAAUACUAAUGCAUUAUUUACAUUGGGAAGCGUUUAUGUAAAAGGAACUUAUGGUAUUACUGUAGAUGAAGAAAAGGGUAGACACUUCUUGAGAUUAGCGAGUUUGCAAGAUGACCAAAGAGCUCUUGAUCUUCUUAAAAAUUUUGGAGAAAAACAUUUCCCAUAUUAA